AUGGGAGGGCAUCACAGAAAGGCUUUAAGGAAAGAAAAGUCGAAGGUGAAACUGAAAGCAAAGAAGACUGUGCUAACUAAAGCACAGAAUGUUACUGAUACCAGUUUUAAGGUCCGAAAGAUUGUGUUAAGAGAGCAACUGAAGAGUGGAGUUUCCGAUGAAAUGCAGAUGAUGAGAAAACAGAAUGUCAAGCUGUUGUCGUAUAUCAGCAACAUAUUCAUUUACAUACUUCUCAAUCAACAACAGGAACUGCUAUCCAAGCUUGGUCACUACAAUAUCUUUAUGCAGAAGAGCAGUCUAGCGGGACUUCAGGAGCUCGUAACACACCAUUACGAAGAUAUUCCUGAUUUAUAUCUCACCAACCUUAUUGAAGGGACGGCUCGAUUGAUAUUAGACCAAGAGAAAGAUGUCCGCAAGGAUGCACUUAAACUGCUAAAUAGUAUACUUACUCAGGUGCCCGUGUCCAAAGUGUUGCCAUUUUUCAAUGUGCUGCUAAGCUAUCUUAAGUGUGGAAUGACUCACAUCCACACGUCCAUCCAGGACGACUCUCUCACGAUGCUCGACAUACUCCUUGUGUCAACACCAGUGCUCGUUGCUGCCAAUGCAAACACAAUCUUGAGUAACUUCCUCGACAUGAUUUCAAGUUUAAAGACAGAUUCCAGUCCUGAACGUACUCUAACGGUGAACCUCAGUCGCCGGUUAACAAGUACUAUGUGGCGUAUGAAAGUGUUGCGUCGGCUAAAAGGCUUGCUGUCUGCAGUAGCUGCAUAUAAGAAUGAGCAGAGUAGGAAGAAUAUUGGACACCUUGGAGAUUUGUCAGAGAACACUGCUUGUUCACGUGACUGCUGGAACUGGAAGGAAAAUUCAGAGUUGUAUAUACCAGUCUACAACCUUUACUACAGGGACACAUGCCAUUUGCCUAAUAUCUUUAGUGCAGGCGGCAACAGUUCAUGUGAAAACGGUACUGAAGAAAAGCACUUGAAAGAAUAUGUGAAAGUCCUGGUGCCUCUUUUGACAGAAACUUGGCGUGAAGUUGCUCCUGAUCAUAUUAAUAGUGCAAGGAACCGUAAAGAGGGCUACAGUUUGCUGUCUGUGGAGGCUGCUGAGGUCUUGAAGUGCACCCUUGAGAUCUUGCAGCUGCUUUGUGAACUGCUGACAUCAGAGGUGUGUGUCUCCAUCAUUUCCUUAAGUGGCCUUGAAGAGUCAAACGCAUUCUUGAUUAUUGAACCAAAAUGGUUAUUGCCAUGA